AGUCAUCUAAAAUUGAUUAUAGAGAAUCGGACAUCAUGAAAUAUGCAGUUGAGAAUUUUACAAAAACUUUAACUGAAAACGAUGAUAAAAAAAUUAUCAAAUGCAUUGCUUACGAAGACUACAAUAACUACAAAAUAUGGAAUGUUGCUGAAGUACAAUUACAAUUGAAAGAUGGAUCAAACAAUAUAGAUACGCCCAAUAACCUAAUCAUCAUAUUUGCAUGUAUUUCUGGUCUUGUAUUAACGAUCACUGUUGUGGGCAUAGUCUACUGGCGUAAAAGAAUUCAAAGACCAAAAACUACUAGUAAUACUGAGGUUUCUACAUCGCAGCCAUUUUACGGCAACAAAAUGCUCCAAAACGACCCAAACAGGGGAAUUUAUGUUCUUCCAGAAAAUAAUGAUCCUAAAUACGAAAAAGCAUCACAGGCCCCUUGCAAUGGUGUUAAAGAAGACAAUGAAAUGACUCCAAUACCUGAAUCGAUGUACGACUCAUGUUACAGUGAAAAUUCCAUUAUAAAACCAAAUAAUGACGUUCCGAAAAGUCCAGACUGUUCUGACCCCGAUUACCAUCACUACGAGGAAGUAAAUUAUUUGCAAUGCAAGCCAAAACCAAGUGAACCUCAACAGCGAUCGAGCAAAAUUUAUAAUGUAGCUUAUGAUCAUGUUAGAAGAUGUCGCAGUGGGAAAUAGUUUCAUAGUUAAAAAACCGA